AUGCCAAAUUUACGGGUCUUUUCUCGGGACAGUCCUCAACGCACUCUUGCUAUAACAACAACAGACUUCGCCUUAAUAUUCAAACAUGGCUCAACAGCUCCAGCAAUUAAUAAAACAACCAAUAAUGACCCGCCACGGUGUCUCGUUGAAUUUGCAACUUUACAGUCUGUUGACCUGAGAGGUUAUCGAGCUUUAUGUGACGGGUUUGGAACUCUCGGGUUGAUUACUUUGGGCAAGGAGGUCUUCCUCUGCAUUGUUACUGCUUGCUCAGACGCCGCAACAGUAAGACCAGGAGAGACAGUCUCAAAAAUUGACAACGUGGACUUCUUUUGCCUUAGUCAUUCGGAUUAUGAAAAUGGAUUCGAAUACGAAUCUGAAUCCUUUGCGACUGAGGAGUUCAGUCGUGGACCCAGCUUUGAGAAUAAGGAGACGGUUACUGAUCAUCCGUUCUUGGCCCUGAAGAAGCUUCUCAGUGACGGCAGCUUCUAUUAUAGUCUUGACUUUAAUCUCACUGAUCGACUGCAGGACCGCUCGGAAAAGUCGACAGCUUUCGAUAUUGAAUCUCUGGACGAGGAUAUGCUGUGGAACUCGUACAUGAUUCAUCCACUUCUUCUUUUCAGGAGCCACCUGUCGCCUGCUGAAAAGCUACGUCUCGACUCUUCUCAGAUCCUGACAUGUGUUAUACGCGGGUUUUCCGGUACACUGACGAUUCCUGCUUCAAUCUCCAUCCUGCCCCAGCUACGAACAAGCUAUUCUUCCACGUUGACCAUCAUUUCGCGACAGUCCUCUCGACGAGCAGGUACAAGGUUUAAUUCCCGAGGCAUUGAUGAUGAUGGCCAUGUUGCCAAUUUUGUUGAGACAGAAACAAUUCUUUGGAUCCCACCCAAUAUAACAUUUUCCUAUGUUCAAGUACGUGGCUCCGUACCUAUUUUCUGGGAGCAAGCUACUGGAUUCCUGCCUGGGCAACAGAAAAUUGAAAUAACUCGAUCUAGCGAGGCGACUCGGCAUGCGUUUAACAAGCAUUUUGAAAACCUUGAAUUAGAAUAUGGUGCAAUCCACGUGGUUAACCUUCUCAGUAAGCUUAAGUCCGGGGAGUCUGAGCUGUCGACGGAGUUUUCCAACCAGCUCAAGAAGAGUUCUCUUAGCCAAAAAGCGAUUCCCAACAUACUAUCCAAUCAUGCACUAUUGCGAGCAACUGAAUUCGAUUUCCACGCUGAGACUCGAGGUCCCUUGGGGUACGGAGCUAGCAGCCAAAUAAAACCCGAGUUAUCAGAUUCUUUGGAUGGUUUUGCAUAUUUUCUGUCUGAAGGGAUUGGUUCAGCAACUUCGGACGAGAAUCAAAAUGAACCGGAAAGUUCCUUUGUCAUUCUUCAACAGGAAGGCGUGUUCCGGACAAAUUGUUUAGAUUGUCUCGACAGGACUAAUCUUGUGCAAACCAUCAUUAGUUCCAUGGCUCUGGAAUCCUUUAUGUUGCAGCGAAAGGGGAGAUUAAACCCAGAAGUCCAGCUGAAGCACUCAACCCUUUGGGCUGACAAUGGAGAUGCUCUAUCAAAAAUCUACGCAGGUACAGGUGCUUUGAAAAGUUCGUUCACACGACAUGGCAAAAUGUCCAUUGCUGGCGCGCUGGCAGAUGCACGGAAGACCGCAACACGGCUUUAUGUCAACAAUUUUUCCGAUAAAGCUCGUCAGAAAACAAUAGACCUUUUAUUGGGAAGAUUGACAGAUCAAUCGCCGGUGCAUCUCUAUGACCCGAUCAACGAUCUGGUCUCUGAUGAGUUAAAUCGGCGAGCAUUGGAAUAUUCCUCUACCAAGUCUAUCAAAAUCUGGACAGGGUCGUUUAACGUCAAUGGGAGACAUCGUGGGCCAGAUGUCGACCUAGCUCAAUGGUUGUGGGCAGGAAUCGACGGGCAAACUGAGGAGCCGACCAUAUUUGCUGUUGGCUUCCAAGAAAUCGUUUCACUAAGUCCACAACAGAUAAUGUCGACGGACCCUACAACUCGUAAGGUAUGGGAAGUUGCUGUUGGGAACUGUUUGAACAACCGUGCGAGUUCGAGAGGAACUGCGAAGUAUGUCCUUUUGCGGAGUGGCCAGCUUGUUGGCGCCGCACUUAUGGUAUAUGUUAGAGAAGAUGCACUGAGAGAUAUCAAGAAUGUUGAAGGGAGUGUUAAGAAGACGGGCCUCUCCGGAAUGGCUGGUAAUAAAGGUGGCUGUGCAAUACGCUUUGAGUACUGCAACACGCGGAUAUGUUUCGUCACGGCUCAUCUUGCCGCUGGUUUUGCAAACUACGACGAGAGAAACAGAGACUAUGAGACUAUAUAUCACGGACUCCGGUUCCAGAAAAACAGGGCAAUUGAAAAUCAUGAUGCCAUUGUGUGGCUUGGAGAUUUUAAUUAUCGAAUCGGUCUCGACAACCAAUUUGUUAGAGAACUUGUGACACAGAAAGACUACCAAAAGCUUUACAGCAACGAUCAGUUAAACCUACAAAUGUUGGCAGGCAGAGCCUUCCCGUUUUAUACUGAAGGUCUCAUUACAUUUCCGCCAACGUACAAAUAUGACAUUGACAGCGAUAUUUAUGAUACAUCGUAA